AUUGAUCAUCAUGCAACUCAAACAAAUCAUCUUCUCUUUGGCUUUGUUCUUUAUUGCUUUCCAAGCUGUUGAAGCAAAGAACCGCUACUUUAUGUGGUGUGGUGAAAGCAAAUCAUUGGAUUCUACUGCACCUAGUUACGAAUGUGGACGAAGCACCAAUUGGUAUUACUUUAGUAGCAAUAUGCCUGCUGUUGGUGGUAAAUGGGCUUAUUACAACCCUGACAGUGAAUACAUCAAGCCCUUCGCUAAAUGUUGUCAAGAUGCUGGAAAGAACGCCUAUGUUUCUCAUGUUGAUUGGUACAACUACACUGGUAUCUCUUCCUUGGCUGGUACCAUUGCCGAUCCACAGCGUCGUAUUCAUCUCCACUGCUUUCAGUCACUUCUCGCGCUUUGUGAACAGAAUAGGAUACGGCAAGGUAGAUAUUAUGAUUGGAUGAAUCGGAUGCAUAUAAGAAGAUCAACUAGACAAAUACACGACUGGAUUCAUUGGGCAUAUAUACAACAGGAUUGGCUAGAAGGACAGAUGACAGGAUUGAACUAG